UCGCUGCUUACUGUGUGUUCGUUAGUCGCUCUUAUAUUCACGACAAGGCCGAUUCUCACUGUGGUGAGCUGUGAGUGCUGUGCUAUUGGUGAAGGGCCGUCGUGCCGGAACGGACGGUGCACUGACUGUUCCGGACGCUAUAUAUUCUACGUAGUUAUUAUUCGGCAUCUUAGCAAACCUCCACUCUUGGCUACCUGCGUUCGUAGAGAUCGAGCAGUUGGAUAAUUAGGAAUACCACUGUGAAGCUUCGAGAUCAUGCAUUCCCGCAAGGACAAGAAAGAUGAUGAGGAUGGUGGCAUGGCAGGAAAUAAGUGGGCCGGAGAACGCAGUUCAGUUCUUCAGGAGGCUCGAGUAUUUACUAAGAGUCCUGUCGAUCCAAAAAAAUCGUCACAGGUAUUGACAAAGCUACUGUACCUGCUUAAUCAAGGAGAAAAGCUCUCUGCAGCCGAAGCGACAGAUACCUUUUUCGCGAUGACGCGACUGUUUCAGUCGUCGGAUACGAUGCUCCGCCGACUUGUCUAUCUUGGUAUAAAGGAACUCGCAUCCACAGCUAAUGAUGUGAUUAUUGUCACAUCUUCACUCACCAAGGAUAUGACCGGAAAAGAACAGCUGUAUCGGCCGGCUGCAAUUCGUGCACUGUGCAAAAUUGCCGAUACGGGAACUCUACAGGCCGUAGAACGUUACAUGAAGCAGGCGAUUGUGGAUAAAAAUGGUUCAGUUGCUUCAGGCGCCCUGGUGUCUUGCAUUCACCUGCUCGAUCAGGGUUGUGCUGAUAUCGUUCGAAGAUGGCCGAAUGAGGUUCAAGAAGCGUUAAAUUCCGACGAUCCAAUGGUGCAAUACCAUGCUUUGGGCCUGUUGUACCAGAUGCGGCAGAACGAUAAGCUGGCAGUUUCGAAGCUAAUUUCCAAACAUACAAAAUAUACACUCAAAUCGCCAUACGCACUGUGUAUGCUUAUCAAGUUGACCUGUAAGAUGAUUCAAGAUGAAGGCUAUGGCACAGACUCACCGAUGUUCAGCUUUGUCGAAUCCUGUCUGCGUCACAAGAACGAUAUGGUCGUUUACGAGGCUGCGCACUCUAUCGUCAAUAUGCGUUCAUCCAGUCCCUCUGAAGUGAGUGCGGCGGUAUCGGUUCUGCAAUUGUUCCUGAGCUCGCCUAAGCCGAUACUCCGUUUUGCCGCUGUCCGCACCCUGAAUAGGGUGGCGAUCAGUCAUCCGAGCACAGUAAUGGGGUGUAAUAUGGAUCUCGAACAGUUGAUUUCAGACACUAACCGUUCAAUUGCGACGUUAGCUAUUACAACACUAUUGAAGACAGCCGCUAAUGAGAGCUCGGUCGAACGACUAAUGAAGCAGAUCUCUACGUUUAUGUCGGAGAUCAGCGAUGAAUUCAAAGUGGUCGUAGUAGACAGCAUCCAAUCGCUGUGUGAGAAGUUCCCCAGCAAACAAGGCACGAUGAUGACAUUCCUUGCUAAUAUGCUCCGGGACGAAGGUGGCUACGAGUACAAGAAAGCGAUCGUCAAUACCAUUAUCGAUGUGAUUAACAACAACGAGGACAGUAUGGAAAUAGGUUUGGGUCAUUUAUGCGAGUUUAUUGAAGACUGCGAGCACACGAGUCUUGCAGUGAAGAUUCUAUCACUUCUAGCUACACGCGGCCCGCAAACGCCAAAUCCGACCAAAUACGUACGGUUUAUUUACAACCGAUUAAUUCUUGAGAACGCGCAGGUUCGUGCGGCAGCCGUUAGUGCUCUAGCCCAAUUCGGCGCGCAGUGUCCGACCCUCGCUAAAAACGUAAUCGUGCUCCUUGAGCGGAGUCUGCUCGAUGAGGACGACGAGGUUCGUGAUCGGGCCGCAUAUUACCUACAGAUUUUACAGCAGGGAACAAGCGAUAUUUUACAGGAACUGACCGUAUCGGUUAGCGGUCUUGAGAAAGCCCUGUACAACUAUCUGAGGACGGAGAUGGAGACUCCGUUCGAUUUGAGCCUAGUGAAGUACGAACCUCCGGCGAAACAGGCGAAGACAGCAACUCCCACUGCUGCGCCGGAAAAGAAGAUGACGCCAGGAAAGAACGUGCAUCAGGAGGAGAUGUUGCAAGUGCCUCAGUUCGCCCAUUUGGGAAAGGUGUUCCGUACACUGCCCCCGGUAGCACUCACAGAACCGGAAACGGAGUAUGUCGUUCAGGUGGUGAAGCAUGUUUUCGAUCACCAUGUUGUACUUCAAUUCAAUUGCACAAACACAGUCAACGACCAACUGCUCGAAAAGGUUUCGGUGGCUACCGUAGCCGUCCAUCCUGACUGGAAAGUUGUGUUACAGGUUCCUCUCGAAAAGCUAGCUUACCAGGAGACUGGUUCAUGUUUUGUCUGCUACGCAAUCCCUGAAGAGCCCGAGGUGGCCUGCAAUGUGACCUUUUCGAACACGCUCAAGUAUGUAGUAAAAGACUGCGACCCAGCAACGGGCGAGCCAGACGACACCGACGGAUACCCCGAUGAGUACGUUCUGGAGGAUGUUGAAUUGGCGCUAUCGGACUAUGUGCUCAAGGUGGCUAUUGCCGACUUUUCUGGCAGCUGGGAGGAGAUGGGUCCUGAAAGCGAACUGGAAGACACAUUCGUUCUCUCCAAUUACUCGACCUUGACACAGGCGAUUCAGAAUAUACAAGGCUUUCUAGGCAUGCACGCUUGCGAACGGUCCGAUCAAGUACCCGAGGGUAAAGCCACGCAUACGCUGCUAUUAGCUGGCGUGUUCCGGGGCGGCGAUAAGAUUCUUGUCCGUUCAAGAUUGGCGCUCAUCGAAAGUAAGGAGGGUGUCACGAUGAAUAUGGCUGUACGAUCAACCGAUCCUGCCAUCCCUGAACUCAUCCUUACCUCCGUUGGAUAGUCAUGCUUGAAAUAUAUAUAUAUAUAUAUAUAUAUAGGAAGAGCGAGAAAAAGAGGAAACAAAGCACACG